AUGUUUAACCCAGUGGCUAAGCAACUGGCUUCGGUGCCGAAGGUCAAAACAAAAAAAAACAGUAUGCCGAUCGAUCUUUACUACGUGCCCGGCUCAGCCCCGUGCCGUGCGGUGCUCCUGACAGCGCGUGCUCUGAAUCUCAACCUGAACCUGAAGCUAGUGGACCUCCACCAUGGGGAACACCUCAAGCCAGAAUACCUCAAGCUGAACCCCCAGCACACGGUGCCCACCCUGGUGGACGACGGUCUGGCGCUGUGCGAGUCGCGCGCCAUCAUCGCCUACCUGGUGAACAAGUACGGCAGGGCCAGCGGCCUGUACCCGGACGAGCCGCGCGCCAGGGCCUUAAUUGACCAGCGCCUGUACUUCGACAUCGGCACCCUCUACCAGCGGUUCGCCGACUACUUCUACCCGCAAGUGUUCGCCGGCGUGCCAGCGGACAAGGACAAGCGCGCGAAGGUCGAGGACGCGCUGGUGAUCCUGAACACGUUCCUCGAGGGGCAGAAGUACGUGGCGGGCGCGGGGCUCACCAUCGCCGACCUCAGCCUCGUAGCGAGCGUCUCCAGCUUCGAGGCGUCCGACAUCGACUUCAAGAAGUUCCCCAACGUCAAGAGAUGGUACGAGACCGUGAAGAGCACGGCGCCUGGCUACCAGGAGGCCAACGAGAAGGGCCUGGACGCAUUCAAGGCGCUCGUCAUCAGCAGCAUGAAGAAG